AUGGUUGUGGAUUUGGCGGUGGCUGGAUGGAUGGUGGUUCUUCUUGCGGCUGCUGUGUUGCUAACGCACGCUUCCGCUACCAACCCCUUCAUUAGCAAUGUAGAUUUCGAUUGGGUGAAAGAAGUUAAGGAAUUUGACGAAAGAAAAACGGGAGUGAAGGGUCUGGUGGAUGCGGGAGUGAAGGAGAUUCCCCGUCUUUUCGUGCAUCCACAGGAGGUCAUAGACCGUUACCCGACAGCCAAGGGUGCAGCAGUGGAGCUGCCCGUGAUAGACCUGAUUGGGGUGGAGAGUGGGGGAGCAAGGCAGAGGGAAGUGGUGGAGGCGAUCGGUAAGGCUGCCAGAGAAUGGGGAUUCUUCAGCAUCAUCAACCAUGGCAUUCCGUUGGAAACAAUGAAAGCCAUGUUGGAAUCUAUAAAGAGAUUCCACGAGCUCCCAGACGAGGAGAAGGAGUCGCUCUACACAUACGAGAGGAGCAAGCUAGUGAAGUGGAACAGUAACCUCCCCGCGCAGAAAGGCGAUCCUGCUUUUGGGAUGGAUGUUUUGAAUGUUGUUUACACUAACGAUCAUCUUGACCCUAAUGAAAUUCCUUCAGCCUGCAGGAAGGAAACAGAUGAGUAUGUGAAGUACAUGAUUGAGGUGAGGGAACUAAUGGCGGAGUUGUUCUCAGAGGCCUUAGGGCUUCCGAGUGAUUACUUAUCGAAAAUGGAGUGCAUGAAAAGCCAGUCCAUUUCAUGCUUGUAUUACCCGGCUUGUCCCGAGCCUCACAAGACCUUAGGAGCUCCAAAGCAUUCCGACACCACUUUCCUCACCUUGCUCAUCCAGGACACCCUCGGUGGCCUCCAGAUGCUUCGGGACAAGCAAUGGGUCGAUAUACCACCCGUUCCUAGGGCCCUCAUCGCCAACUUCGGUGAUCUCAUGCAGAUUCUUAGCAACGACGAGUUCAUAAGCGUGGAGCACAGAGUGUUGUCCCAGUUGGCGGGGCCGAGGAUCUCCGUGGCAACCUUCUCCACUCCGAGCACCCGAGCAGCGGGGAAGCCGUUUGGUCCGAUCAAAGAGCUGAUCACCAAUGAGAAGCCUGCGGUCUAUAGAGAUUUCAUGUUCGAAGAGUACUUCCAAUACUACAAAACAAAAGGAGCUCGAGUUGAAUCAGCCUUCGAAGAUUUCAUCGGAUCGAGCUGCAUGAUCAUGUAA